GGUCGUCGUCUUCCAGCUGGCGGUCUUUUGUGCGCUCAGUCGGGUGGUGUUGACACUCUUGUGAGGUGGCUGUCCUAGGGUCUUUGUGGUUGAAAACUAUAUGUUUCGUUCUCUACCUUUAUUCGGAAAGCCUCAGUGAAUGGAUUCUUCUGAUGCUACCACUUGAUGUCUGAUGGAGAUAUAAUGCUGGGGCGCGCCUGCCUCCCGUCUGAGUAACCGCGGGGCCAGGAGCAGUGGGGAUGGGAUGGUUUUCCUUACUGCUCCUUAAUCUGGAAGAAUAUUACUUUGAACAGCAUACAGCUAAUCAUAUAAACAAAGGCUGUAGAGGUGAAAGGCAAAUAAGAGGUUCACUAAAAAUCUGUUCCAAGUCGGUUAUUUUUGAACCUGAUGACAAUAUCCACCCUAUUAUUAAAAUACCACUGAGAGACUGUCUUAGUAUAGAAGCACCAGAAGACAAUGAAGCAAAUAAGCAUUUUGCAAGGGAGAUACCUGGAGGAAUUUCUAUCACAUCUAAUCAGGUUCAUCUCAUUAAAGAACGAAACAUUAUUGCACCGUACAAAACUGAAAGAGGUAAAAAUGAAUACUUCUUUCAGCUGGAUGUUGCUGGGAAGGUGGAGGAUGUUAUACAGACUCUGCUUCAGCUUUACAGGGCCUCUCAUCUGGAUGAACUGGGAGAUCAGGCUGCCAUGAUAACUGCUAUAUUGCAGUCACGUUUGGCUAGAACAUCAUUUGAUAAAAACAGAUUUCAGAGCAUUUCUGAAACCUUACAUAUGGAAUGUGAAGCAGAAAUGGUGACGCCAUUAGUGACUAAUCCAGGUCAUGUGUGUGUCACCGAUGCAAACCUGUAUUUCCAACCUCUGAAUGGGUAUCCAAAACCUGUGGUGCAAAUAACAUUGCACAAUGUCCGUCGCAUCUAUAAAAGACGCCAUGGUCUAAUGCCAGUGGGACUAGAAGUAUUUUGCACAGAAAAUGACCUCUGUUCUGACAUCUACUUAAAAUUCUACAACCCUCAAGAUCGAGAUGAGCUGUAUUUCUAUAUUGCAACGUAUUUAGAAAACCAUAUUGCAGAACACACAGCUGAAAGUUACAUGUUGCAAUGGCAGCGAGGGCAUAUUUCAAAUUACCAAUAUCUUCUUCAUCUCAACAAUCUGGCUGAUCGGAGCUGCAAUGAUUUAUCUCAGUAUCCUGUAUUUCCUUGGAUCAUAGCAGAUUAUUCUAGUUCAGAAUUAGAUUUGACAAAGCCUGAAACAUUCCGGGACCUUAGUAAACCAAUUGGUGCUUUGAAUAAGGAAAGGCUAGAAAGAUUACUGACACGUUAUCGGGAAAUGCCAGAGCCAAAAUUUAUGUAUGGCAGCCACUACUCGUCUCCCGGUUAUGUUCUGUUUUAUCUUGUCAGAGUUGCACCAGAGUACAUGCUUUGUUUACAAAAUGGAAAGUUUGACCAUGCUGAUAGAACGUUCAACAGUAUUGCAGAAACCUGGAAAAACUGUUUGGAUGGUGCAACAGACUUCAAAGAACUGAUUCCAGAAUUUUAUGAAAAUGAUUCCAGUUUUCUAGUAAAUGGUUUGAAGCUGGAUUUGGGCAAAAGACAGGGAGGAAAGAUGGUUGAAGAUGUAGAACUUCCUCCAUGGGCAUCAGAUCCUGAUGACUUUCUUCAGAAGUGCCAAGAUGCUUUAGAAAGCCAGUAUGUGUCAGAACAUCUUCAUGAAUGGAUAGACUUAAUAUUUGGCUACAAGCAAAAAGGAAGUGAAGCUAUUGGAGCUCACAAUGUGUUUCAUCCAUUAACCUAUGAAGGAGGAGUUGAUUUGAACAGCAUUAUGGACCCAAAUGAGAAAGUAGCUCUGCUGACACAAAUCUUAGAGUUUGGACAGACACCAAAACAAUUGUUUACAGUUCCUCAUCCCCACAGAAUAAUACCAAAGUUCAAAAGCUUGUCUCGAACAUCUAGUCACUCUGUUUCCAUAACUGAUUCUCCAGUUUCUCCAGGUGAAGAAUCUUUUGAAGAUUUGACAGAAGAAAGCAUAACACUUGCAUGGAACAGUAUUGCCAAAUUAAAAUUAGAUGAGCAACAUAAAAUUCACAAAGAGGCUAUUACUGGAAUAGCAGUCUCUUGCAAUGGGUCUUCAGUAUUCACUACAUCUCAAGAUUCAACUUUGAAGAUGUUUUCUAAAGAAACAAAAACACUUCAGAGAAGUGUAUCUUUUUCAAAUAUGGCCUUGUCAUCUUGUCUGAUCUUGCCUGGUGAUACAACUGUCAUAUGUUCUUCAUGGGACAAUCACAUCUAUUUUUAUUCAAUUGCAUUUGGAAGACGGCAAGAUGUUCUAAUGGGACACGAUGAUGCUGUCAGCAAGAUACGUUGGCAUGAUGAUCGCUUAUAUUCUGCAUCUUGGGACUCCACUGUGAAGGUGUGGCAGUGUGUUCCUGCAGAGAUCUUGGGUACUAGACGACAUAGUUUUGAAUUGCUUGCUGAGUUGGAGCAUGAUGUUAGUGUAAAUACAAUCAACACAAAUGCUGCAAAUACAUUGCUGGUGUCUGGAACCAAAGAAGGCACUAUUAGUAUAUGGGAUGUUACUUCUACUACUGUGUUACACCAACUUGCAUGUCAUUCAGGGACCGUGUAUGAUGCUGCUUUUAGUCCUGAUAGCAGACAUCUGCUCAGCACAGGAGAAGAUGGCUGUUUUAAAGUUAUAGAUGUACAAACUGGAACGCUCAUCUCUUCUUUGAGUUCUGACCAGCCACAAAGGUGCUUCAAAUGGGAUGGAAAUACAGUCCUGUCAGGAAGCCAGUCUGGCGAAUUACUGGUUUGGGACCUUCUCGAAGGAAAAGUUAUUGAAAAAUUCAAAGGGCAUGCAGGUGCUGUAACAUCUAUGUGGAUGAAUGAGCAAUGCAACAGUGUGAUCACGGGAGGGGAAGACAGACAAAUCAUGCUCUGGAAACUGCAGUACUAAGUGCCUUUCCCCUCCAGCUAUUUAAACAAAUGCUUUCAAUUUAUAUUUUUAAACCAAACUUUUUAAAGGAACUUACCCAUGUGCAAUGAUGGCUAUUGAAGUUCAACCAAAUAGAAAGCUCUGUUCAACUAAGACUUUCUAGUUCAUGGUGACUUCAUUAGAAGUUCUUAAAUGCUUAUUAUAAUUUCCAUUCUGUACUUACUGGUUUUUCAUGAUGACUGUCACAUAUCUCAGAUUAAAUGCCUGUCUCUGUAUCCUGAGAUGCAAUUAAAGAUGUAUUUUCUGUAAUUAAAGAAAUCUUAACUUGCAGUCAUUGUGUGACCUAACUGAAAUGUAUUGAAUAAGAUAUGCAUUUUUUAAACAAAAAAAUAUGCUCCGUUUUCAGCAAGGACCACAUUAAUAAAUAUGUGGUGCAUCGUUUAAUUGAAAAUGUCUACCAGAUACUCUUUCAUAGAUCUGCUAAGCUCUCUACAAACUUGUUAGGAUGAAAUAAAGAUCAGGGUGGGUAUUUUUCUUCUACUGGGCCUACUCUCUCCUUUCCAUUGUAGAACUUGCAACUUCUUGCUUUUUAACAGGUGCAGUAGGAAUCCUUACUUGCAAGCACAAAAUGCAGCUCUUUAGAGACAGCUGCUACAUUUUAAUGGCUUCUGGGACAAGGUGCUCCAUGACUGCAUUUAUUUACAUGGAGGGGAACACUAAGCAGUUUUGGGACUUAAGGAGAAGAUUAUUUACCAGCAAGGCGUUCCUAGACUUGCAACUUGUACCUUCUUAGUUCAGAACUGAGGAAUUGCCUUGAAAAGCAGUGUUUUGUUUCUGCCUGGGAGGGGACAUUCUUUCAUGCACAUUCUUUCAUGAAAGGAUGUCAUUGUCAACUUCCUCUUCGCACCCCAGCAGGAGGUGGCACCUAGAAUUCUGGGGUAGAUUGGAAGGUGGGCAGGGAGAGCAACUGCAGAGGUAUCUUUUGAUUCAUCAUGAAGGAUUCAUUGAGGGAUUAAUCCCAAGGUAGCCAGUUGUUACUCUACUUAAUGUAUGCUUUUUUGAUGCUUCAUAAGACUGUGUGACAGUGAUUAACAAUUAGCACUAAAAUAAGUAAAUGUUUCUCAGAAGACUGCAUUUUACCCAAGCAGUGACCUUUUGGAGAUUGAUUGGGUUGACUGUAUGAAAUCUGAGCUUGGCAAACAAGUUAAUCUUCAACUAGCAGUGAUUAUACUUAAUGAUGUUCUAAUGUAUCUAGCAGUAGAAUCCUGUAUCACUUCUUCUAUGGUUUUGGCCAGACCCAAUGUCAGUUUAAGCAGCCUAUGGUUACUUGGGUCAGCAUGGUUGCACUCUUUUGAGUAUUGGCACAACUUAAGCCUCUUUUUCAGGCUUGCAUCUCCCUGCUCUCAAAGCUUUAGGUACAAGUUAUGCUACAUUGCUACUUAAAUAGUUACCUAUAAUAAAUGAUGAUAAACAUCCUCCCUGCUUA